AUCAGCUGAUUAUUUCACUUGUAUCAUUUUUUUGUACGAUAAUGUUUUCAUCUGUAAUGAAUUAAUCGUUGUUAAAACUUUUCCGGAUCGUUAGUAGUCACGAAUUAAAUAAAUCGAGAUUUGAAUUAUGUGUAUUCGUGGUUCGUGUAUUGAUUCCAUUUGUUGCUUCACAUUUUAGAAACUUAUUAUCAGCAGUUUUCGAUUGCCUUCAGUAAUGGAUGGACGACAACUUACUAUACUAUAUGGCAGUCAAUCCGGAACAGCUCAAGAUCUCGCCGAGCAGAUCUGGCGUGAUAGCAAGUUGUACCAUUUACGUGGUUCUGUUACCGCUAUGGAUGGCUAUGACAUUUCACGAUUGAUUGAAGAACAAUUCGUGGUUUUGGUUUGUUCCACCUACGGCCAGGGUGAAGAACCGGACAAUAUGAAACGAUUCUGGAAGUUUCUCUUACGAAAGAGUCUUCCAACCGAUUCACUUCGGGGUAUGCAUUUUGGUGUCAUUGGUUUGGGUGAUUCCCGGUAUCCCAAGUUCAACUAUGUAGCUAAGCGUCUGCACAAGAGACUACUGCAACUGGGAGGAAGUGCGUUGCUGCCAGUGGGGUUGUGUGAUGAGCAACACGAUCUAGGAUACGGUGCCGUUUUCAUGCCAUGGAUCAACGAUUUUUGGGGUAAACUAAUGCAAAUUAUCCCUAUUCCGAUCGGACAGAAAAAGCUGAAGGAAAGUCCUCGCGAAUAUCGCUGGUCUGUGGAACAAACUGCCGAAUUAUUGGAUGUCGAAAAAGGUUUUGAUAUGUAUGCGAAUGUCAAAGUAGAAAACGUUUUCGUUUCUGAGGUAGAAGAGAACAGACGGACAACGACGGAGGACCAUUUUCAAGAUGUGAGACUCAUUACAUUUCCCAAAAAGAACGUAGAUUGGAAACCAGGCGAUGUGGUUUAUGUUAGACCGCAUAACUCACCGGAAGACGUCGACAGACUGUUCGAAUUGUUCCAAGAUCACAAUUUGAACUGGUUUAAGGAAACAGUAGUGCUAUUGAAGGAAAUUGACUCGGAAAUGCCUGUUCCUGACAUCCUCAACAGAUUGCUGACACUCGGUACACUGGCACAGCAGUACUGGGACCUGACUGCCAUCCCUCGUGCCCGAGCUUUCGCAAUACUGGCACGUACAUGUACUGAUGAGUUAGAACGUGAAAAGUUACAGGAAUUCUCCAGCUACGAAGGCCAAGAAGAACUAUAUUCCUACGCCAAUAGACCGCGACGUACGAUACUGGAGGUGUUAGGAGAUUUUCCACAUGCUUGUAAGGCACUUACUUUGGCGGCACUGUUCGAAUUGUUUCAACCAAUUAAGCCGCGUGCAUUUUCUAUUGCUUCAUCAGCGGCUAGCGGUAAACUGCAAAUACUUGUGGCAGUGAUUGAAUAUAACACCAAAUUGAAACAACCCAGACGUGGUCUGUGUUCAAAUUGGUUGAAACGAUUGCAACCGGGAGAGGCACUCAGAAUGUGGACUCGAGGGGGAACGUUCAUACUUCCUGCGGACACAAUUACUCCCAUAGUGAUGGUUGGCCCUGGUACUGGAUUGGCACCCUUCCGAGCUAUUCUACAAGAGCGUGAAUUGCUAAUUAAGCCUAGAAGUAGUGGAGCACUAGUACUGUUUUUUGGGUGUCGAAAAGCACAAGCUGAUUUUCAUUGCGAACAAGAUCUUCGGCGAAUGGAAAGUUCUGGUAUACUUACAUUAUUUUGCGCAUUUUCCAGAGAUCAAGAAGACAAGGUAUAUGUUCAACAUUUAUUAAGCCAGCAAACCAAUUUGCUUCGUAAACUAUUAGUGGAACAAAAUGGCUUGUUUUUGGUUUCUGGUAGUUCUAAAAACAUGCCAGAUGCUGUUCGCGAAACCCUUGUAGAAGCAAUUGGGUCUCUGCACGUCGAGGAAAUGGUAAAACAAAACCGUUAUCAGGAAGAAACGUGGGCGUAGAAUAAUUGUCAUGAAAAUAGAUAGAAAAGAGUUUAUUCUAACGUAAAAUGAAUACACAUCUAUUCGCUAAAACCCCAAAC